AGCAACCCCCCCAUCUCAGCCAUCGUCUUGUGUGACUGCGUCGACCCUACGUUCACCUGGCUGAUCUCGCUGUCAAACCACAGCCAAGCAAACCGCCCCGGCUGCUCUUUUAAAUGGCGAGCGCUAGCUAGUUAGCUAAAUGACCCCUCUCUGUCUUGGCUGGAGCUCAGCGACCAGCUAGCCAGCAGCGGUCGGGAAGAAACAUCGCUAGCUCAAAACAACCGAGGUCGCUGCUGCCAGACACUGUCCCGGUUAAAGCGUUCGUCAAACGGCCACUACGUGAUGCUUUGCAUGCCCCGAAAGCGUUAUUAAAGCAACGUUUCCCAUUCAUAGUAAAUUGGUGCUGAGCCUGUUUCCAGAGACGUCUUUAGGUGCAGGGACGCUAGCGCUAGCUGGCUAACCGUGAGGCUAGUGCUGGAUCCUUGUCGCCUAGCUAGCUUCCCGGAUAACAAGCUAACCUGUUGUCGGCUGUCUGUUUGUGUCUGGCGAACGUUUAGCAAUUAAUUAAACGGGACGAAAUGGCAUGACAAACACAGACAUAUUGACGAGUGUUACCUUUAUAAAUGUUGCAUGUAGAGGUUGUGUCGCCGACAUUAUGCUGGCGAUUCCGUCUAAACCGAUUCACGCCAGUACUUCUGUUGUUUUCUGCUACUUGUCUGUAAAUGUAUGUUAACAGGAGGUAAUCCCGGUAUGGGGGACAUGAAGACCCCAGAUUUUGAUGACCUGUUGGCGGCAUUUGACAUUCCUGACAUAGAUGCCAAAGAGGCCAUCCAGUCCGCCCCAGAUGAGGCUGAGGGACCCCACGGAACUACAGGUGCACCUCUGGGGAAGCCUGACGGCGUGGUGGGUGUUGGAUCGUCCCUGAGGCCGCCGAGUCCGUCGGAUCCUCAGGCAGACACUUCAAUUGUCAGUGUGAUUGUGAAGAAUAAAGUACGCCACGAGGCCGUGGAGGGAGGAGAGGUCACAGACCAGGACCCUAUUGAUGUGAUAACGGGUGUAGACGUGGGUCCGAGACUCGGUGCUUGUGCUCCAGGAAUGAGUGAAUCGGAGGCUCUCAACCACAAUGGUUUCGGGGCAUCCAGUGUCUCCACGCCCCUUUCCCUCAGUCAGGCCCAGUCCAACGGGGCACCGUGGUCAAUAAACACCCCGAAGGUGUCUUCAGAAGCGGCGGGUGUUGGCGGAGCCAAAGCUCACAAGCAGGGCGGUAACAUCUUCAACAGACUCAAGCCGCUGGUGGCACAGGGGUCUGGAGACCCAGUUGGCCGGGCCAGGAAGAUGCAGCUUCUCCAGCAGCAGCAGCACCAGCAGCAGCAGGAUACGGGUCAAGAGAGGGCAGAUGGGAUCAAGGCGUCGUUACCGUCAACGUCGUCCCUAUCAGCGGGGUCGUCUCCUCUGGCUGCAAGCGGGCCCGUGGGACAAGCCGCGCCCAUCUUCCCACCCUCCAAGCCCCUGUUUCCCACUGCGUCUUCUGCCCUCUCAUCGCACGCACUGCACGCGUCCCCGCCUUUCAACGGCGCCCCCAAAAGCGGCUCUGCUGGGUUUCAGCACCAGCAGAUGGAGUUGGAUGAUUCUGACCCUGAUUUGGGGAGUCCCCUGAUGAUCCAAGACAACCCGGACUCUCCCACCUGCACUCAGCUGAGCCGCCGUUAUAAGUCUGACUCUGUGUCAGCCCAGCCCACAUCCUCUAGUACGUCUCACCCUAAAUCUGGGGACACUCCUUUGGGGGCAUCUCUGAUCUCUUCAACCCCCCACUCUGGCUCAGCAGGGAGUCCCCAUGUGGAGGACAGGCACCCCGAACACGUCAUAGAAGAGAGAGACUCGCCAGAGAGUCCUGAACCAGAGAUUCCAAAGUCAAGCGUUCAAGUUACAGCAAAGAGGUGCUCCAGCCCUGCAGUGGCCUCCACUCCACCUCCAUCUGAACUACGGGAGCCCAAAGAGGAGGAAGAGGAGAUGGAAGUGGGCAAUGGGGUAGAGAGGGCCUUUGAUGGCAAAGCUGACAAAGGAGACAAUGUGAGUACAGGUGAGGAAAAGAUGGAAGUGGACGAUGGCAAGACUAAACCCCUGUCUACUGAAGGAGGAGAAGCAGGCGUGGCUGCACCCUCCGCCUCUGGAGCUCCAUCUCGACCCCUUAAAGUUAGAAUAAAAACAAUCAAAACCUCCACAGGCGGAAUCACCAGAACUGUUACGAGGGUAGCAACCAAAGGUGGUGAUGCUGGGAAAGAUCUUGACCCUAAAGGUCAAACUGGGGAACGUAAGGUUUUAGGAAGCAAGGCCCAAAAGCUUGAAGCUUCCCCUGCAUCCCAGAAAGUAAGCACUCUCAAUGCGCUACCUGUGUCCACACUGGCAGCCAGCAGUGUAAUGCUAGCCGCUGCCACCAAGGUCCAAAACAAAAUGGCUGCAUCCGACAAAGCUAAGGUUUCCGCCACUGCAGUCAGCAUCACUAAAUCUGCUGCGCUGCCCGCGACGCCCGCUGUGGCCUCCUCUCCUAAGUUCUCAGUCGCCGCUGGUGGGAUCAGUGUACGCACAGCCACUAAUAAGACGGCCAACGGCGGCGGCGGCUCCCUCCAGCCCAACAAGCCCGCCUCCAUCGUCAACAGCACCGGGGCCGUCAUCUCCCGCAGCCAGUCGAGCCUCGUGGAGGCUUUCAACAAGAUUCUGAACAGCAAGAACCUUUUGCCCAGCUACAAGCCCGACCUCUCGGCUCCCCCGCCCCCCGAGUGGGGCCUCCCGCUCCCGGCCACCGGCUACCGCUGCCUUGAGUGCGGAGACGCCUUCGCCCUGGAGCGCAGCCUGGCGCGACACUACGACCGCCGGUCGCUGCGCAUCGAGGUGACCUGUAACCACUGUGCUAAGAGGCUGGCCUUCUUCAACAAGUGCAGCCUGCUGCUGCACGCCAGGGAGCAUAAGGAGCGUGGGCUGGUCAUGCAGUGCUCGCACCUGGUUAUGAGGCCUGUCACUGUAGAGCAGAUGAUUGGACAGCAGGACAUAACACCCAUCGGUGGCCUGCUCUCCUCUUCAUCCUCCUCUCCUCCAGUCUCUUCUCCUUCCACCACAGCUGGUGGCCCUACGAUCUCUGCCAGCUCCAGCCCGCUCAAGGAUGCUACCGCGCCUGCUGCAUCUCAGCCUCGACCGGUUCGUCGGGCCCCUCAGGGCCCCCAAGCACUGAUGCCUCUGCCCUGCAAGAAGGUGGAGGGGCUCCAGUACAACAACUUCAAAUGUCCAGAGUGCCAAACACAAUUCUCUGGCAAAGCUGAGCUGGUCACACAUUUCCAGCAGAUCAGAGCUGCUCCCAACUCAACGUGUACGCAAUGCUCGCCCCCCAUGAUGCUGCCUAACUCCUGUGCCGUGUCCGCCCACCAGAGGGUCCAUAAACACAGAGCGCCACAUGUGUGUCCUGAGUGUGGUGGGAUCGCCCGGCAGGCCAGUUUCCAGACCCAUCUGGAGGAGGCUUGUCUGCACUUUGCCAGGCGCAUUGGCUACAGGUGCUCGAGCUGCCAGGUCGUUUUUGGGGGGUUGAACUCCAUCAAAUCCCACAUUCAGACCGCUCACUGCGAGGUCUUCCACAAGUGCCCCAGCUGCCCUAUGGCCUUCAAGUCUUCCCCCAGCGCCCAGAGCCACAUCAGCACGCAGCACCCGACGCUCACAGGAGGACAGGCCAAGAUGAUCUACAAGUGUGUGAUGUGUGAUACCGUUUUUACCCAGAAACCCUUGCUCUACAUGCACUUUGACACUCAUUUAGCUAAGCAGAAAGUGCACGUCUUCAAGUGUCCUGACUGUACCAAGCUCUAUGCCCAGAAAGGUUCCAUGAUGGAGCAUAUUAAGACCACUCACAGAGGCCCAUCAGCCAAACAGGAGACUCAGUCUGACACGUCCAACCCUGUACCUGCACCGGCCAACACAUCUGGACCUUCUGGCCUCAAAUCAAAGUCUUCUGGAAAGCCGGACAACUCUGACGGAGAGGACUGGGGAAGGGAGCAAGAGGAGGAAGAGGAGGAAGACGAUGACGAUGAUGACGGAGACGAGGACUACGAAGCUCCGGGGGCUACCUCAGCACCAGCAGGGGGCAGCGGUCAUCCCAGCGCCAUCACAGAGUGGACCUGCCCCCAGUGUCAGACCACCUUCACUGACAACGAUGACUACCUGAGUCACGUCAAGCUGGAGCACGGGAAGUUCCCAUGUCGUAUCUGUGGAGGCACAUUCAGCACAUCUUCCAGCCUGAGACGUCAUGAGCGUGUCAUUCAUGAGGGCAACAAGAGAGUCUUCCAUUGCCAAUAUUGCACGGAAGGCAAACGCACCUUUGGAAGCCGCUUCUUGCUGGACAAGCAUGUUCGGCUGCAUCACAGGAGCACAGAUGGACAAGCUGCACCCGUGACCAGAAAGCGUGCAGUCACAGGUGGCGAGGGUCCAGGCAGCUCCUCAGAACACGACGGCGAGGGGGCCCCUCCGGUGGGCCGGGCAGGUGAGGAGGAGGAGAACCCCACGGAGGACGGGGAGGAAGGCGCCGGCCCUGCGAAGAGGACCAGGGCGGCCACGGUGCCCGCCUCACUGACGCCCAGCGAGCUGGAGGAGGAGGACAAUGUUUUCCGUUGCGUCCCCUGCGGCUUCUCCACCGAGGACGGCGCCGAGUUCCAGCGCCACAUCCCCCAGCACCGGGCGGACACCGCCUCGUUCCAGUGCCUGCAGUGCGGCGUGUGCUUCGCGUCGGCCGGCUCGCUCAGCAGGCACCGCUUCAUCACCCACCGCGUGCGGGACGCCCAGGGCGACGCGGAGCGCGGCACCCCGCGCGCCCACGGCUCCCCGGACGGCUCCCCCGCCGCCUCCCCCCAGGCGCUGGGCGAGGACGGGGAGGGGAACCUGGGCUGCAAGGUGUGCGGCCGGCGCUUCGACAAGGCCACGGACCUCAACACCCACUUCAGGACCCACGGCAUGGCCUUCCUCACCGCACACAAGACAGACAAGCCCCAGUAGAGGGCGGCAGGGCCACGGACCGAAGGCAGAUCAUGUACAACGAGGAGUUGAGGGUCACGGCCGAACGGAGAGCCUGUAGAAUCCCAAUGUAGGCCCCAAUAUAAAACAGAGCUGCUUUUGUUUUUUUAGCCACCAUAAACAGUUUUACUGCAUCUACGGCACCUCUGUGCGAUUGUUACUGCAUGUUUGGUCACUUAACUGAAUGCACCUGUGAUAGACUUGUGAGUGGAACAACUCUCAACCAGCCCCGCCAAGUAUAGCAUUUAUCAGCCAUCCUGUCUCAUGCAGUCUGUCCUUUGCUUUCCGUCACUCUCACUCUGCUGACUGACUGUAGCCACCUGCCUGCUCCUUCAUGUAACACAUCAGCACAUACACCAUCCAAUGCACCCCACGGCUGCCGUGCUGAUAUUUUUGUACUUCACAUUGUGCGUGGUAUUCAUGCUCAUUUACCUUCGGAUCAGUUCGAUCGGCUCCCGCUGGUAAAACUGAUCAAUUCAUGGGACGUUCGAAGCAAGGUGGGGAAUUGACACAGAUUUUUAUGUUGCUAUAAUAUUUAUUUAUACAAAACACAUUACUGCUGUUGGUGUUUGUGUGAGUCAGUUGCGUCAAAUCUUACUAGAAAGUGUGAUUUAUCUGCAACAGAGACAUGCGAUGUGACUCUGAAGGCAUUUAACUAGGAGACGAGGUUACAGAGGCUCCGUGACCUGUGUAGUUUGAGUAAUGUGUGAUGUUCAUUGUUAAGCUAGAAGACGAGAGGUCAGCCUUCCUGUCAGUAGUACGUGUAUGACUUUUGCCAUGUAAAUACAUAUAAUUACACUAAAAAGCGUUCUGGUUUUAGUAACUUGCUAUGAUAAUGUGAAUACGUAUAGUAUUUGUACUUGUACUGUUCCCUUUUUUUUAUUUUCAAAACAAUUUGAAGUUUAAAAAAGGAAUCCCCCCCUUCCAGAGGUAGCUAUACAUUGUAAUUACAAAGCAGAGGGAGAGUGUGGGGCUUGUGUUGUCUUAAUGUGUAUGAAUACAAAUGUUUUAUCUCUUUGAGAUGGUUGUUUUUUUUAAUCUACAGAUUCAGUGCUUGCCGUACUCACAUUUUUUUUGUAUGUUUCAAAAACAGGCUUCGUGUGAGGCCCGUGGGUGGAUUUUAUUUCGUUUGUAUCUUUUAUAUGUCAUGAUAUCAUAUUUAUAUAGCUCAAUAGUGGAAAUCUCAUGUCAUUUUCUUUUCCAUGGUUGUGGUCUGCUUGCUGAAAUGCCAUUACACUUUUGUGCUGUUUCAAAAUAAAUGUGUAAAAGAGAAA